UAUGGUGCCCUAGCGGCUGUUUAUGUUUACGCUAAGGAAAGACGUGGGGAGGGGGAAAACAGGAGCAAUUCCUUUAAACGACAAAAUCCGUUUAUACUUUUAAACAAUAUUUUCUACCCCUCGCUAGCAAUAUCGGGUUUUCUACACUAAUGUGCCAUUCUCACAAAUGGAAAAGGGGUUUCAGUUUGGAAACGUGAGCAUUUCGCUUGUGCUCCUGUUGUUGUUGAAAGCGCUGACCGGGACUUCUCAAACUCAAAGCUCCGCCGGGAGGGAGCCCGAAUCCGCCGCCGCCCUGGGCUCAGAGACGGCCGAAGAUGGUGCUGAUGUUAUGGAGCGGGGCUUGGAAAGUGUCGGCACUCCCGUUCCCGGGGAUGUAACUGUGGAAGACGACGAGAACGGGGCUGCCGGAGAGGGCGACAAGUCAUCCGAGCAAAGUGAAGGAAAUGGCAACCUGCAAAGGUCCCUGGUGAUCAUCAGUACGCUGGAUGGCCGCAUCUCGGCGCUGGACCCCGACAACCACGGCCGCAAGCAGUGGGACCUGGACGUGGGCUCGGGCUGCCUGGUCUCCUCCAGCCUCAGCAAGCCAGAGGUGUUUGGGAAUAAAAUGAUCAUCCCGUCGCUGGAUGGGGCGCUGUUCCAAUGGGACAGGGACCGGGAGAGCAUGGAGGCUGUGCCCUUCAGCGUUGAGUCACUGCUGGACUCCUCCUACCGCAUCAGGGAGGACACGGUGCUGGUGGGAGGCAAGUCCCUCACCACCUACGGCCUGGGGGCCUACAGUGGCAAGCUGCGCUACAUCUGCUCUGCGGUUGGCUGCAGCCGCUGGGAGGAGGAGGAGCCAGAGCCUGAGGAUGUGCUUUUACUGCAGAGGACCCAGAAGACUGUGCGCGCUGUGCGGCCUCGCAGUGGCAGUGAGACGUGGAACUUCAGCGUGGGCCACUUCGAGCUGAAGUUCGUGCCAGAGUCACAGCCGGGGAUGAACUUCCUGGAGGCGGAGCUGGCGAGCGGGGAGGCGUGGCGCGAGGCGCGGAGGGACAGCCGGCGCGUGAUCCGUGAGGAGGAGGAGCCACGUGCUGAGACACGCGACCUGGUCAUCAAGGUGUCCGUCCCCGACUGGAAAGUCAUGGCUUUCAGCAACAAGCCAGGGGGGCAGCUGGUAUGGGAGCAUCAGUUCUGCACCCCCAUAGCCUCAGCCUGGCUGGUGCAGGGUGGGAAGGUGACGCCCAUCAGCCUGUUCGACGACACGCCUUACACAACCCGGGCAGCCGACUCGGCUGAGGAGGAGGAGGAGAUCGUGGAGGCCGCACGGGGCGCCACAGAGUCCAGCGUGUACCUCGGUAUGUUUCGGGGCCAGCUAUACCUGCAGUCUUCUGUGCGGAUCUCAGAAAAGUUCCCGACUAAGCCCAAAGCCCUGGACAGCCGCGGGUCAGAGAGCAGCAUCAUCUCCCUGCCCACUGUCAAGUGGAAGCCGCUUAUCCACUCCCCCUCCCGCACGCCAGUCCUUGUUGGCUCUGAGGAGUUCGACAAGUGUCUGAACAAUGACAAGUUCUCCCAUGAGGAGUAUAGCAACGGGGCCCUGUCUGUGCUGCAGUACCCCUAUGAUAACGGCUACUACUUCCCCUACAGCAAGCGGUACCGGGGGCGGCGAGAGUCUGCAGUCAGCCUGCAGCGGGGGGAGGGGGCUGGGGAGCUGCGCAGGAAGGACCCUGUGCUGCUGCUGCCCUGGUGGAAGGAGAUCCUGGGCACCAUCGUCUUCUGCAUCGCCGCCACCACCUACAUUGUGCGCAAGUUCUUCCACCCACCUGCUGCGCAUGUCCGACAGCGCAAGGAGUCCGAGACGCAAUGCCAGACAGACGGCAAGUUGGAGCUGGCGGCAGAAGACCCAAAGGAAGUGGUUGUCACGGAGACCCAGCGCAGCGACUACGUGUCCAGGUACCUGACAGACUUUGAACCUGUACAGUGCUUGGGCCGCGGUGGUUUUGGUGUGGUGUUCGAGGCACGUAACAAGGUGGAUGACUGCAACUAUGCCAUCAAGAGGAUCCGGCUACCCAACAGGGAGCUGGCUAGAGAGAAGGUGAUGAGGGAGGUGAAGGCCCUGGCAAAGCUGGAGCACCCUGGCAUCAUCCGCUACUUCAACGCCUGGCAGGAGAGCCCGCCCGAGGGCUGGCAGGAGGAGAUGGACCAGCGCUGGCUCAAGGAUGCCAGCACCACAGACUGGCCGCUCAGUUCCCCUGACCACAUGGAGGCACUGUCCGUCAAGGUGCCAGUCUCCAAAGCCAUGUCCCCAGGCUUCUCACCCACUCUGGGGGCAGCAGGGGAAGCCACGGACAGCACGACUGCAGGACGGCCGUCCUUCAGCCCCCUGCUGUCCUCCUCUGAGCCCUCGGCCCCCUGGGACAAGGAGUGCGGCGCUGCCUCCGGAGGGCCCCCGCUGGCAGACAGCUUUAUGUCGGAACGGGACAGCCAGGCCGAGUUGGAGGCCUCUGACUCACCCCAUUCUUUCGAGUUGUACCCGGCCCGUGGCCCCCUGGCGACCUGUACCUCGUCCUCCUUCGACAUUGUGUUCGAGGACUCAGGCUGCGAUGAUGCCUCUGAGCCAGGUGAGGCAGGGGGCUCAGGCACGCCCACGGAGAGGCCUGACUCCGCCUCCCACCCCACCCAUGAGCCCGGCCUGUCUUCCUCCCCACCUCGCCCCACCUCCCUCAGGUUGGCCCCUGGCCCUGACCCGGCGGCCCCACCUAUCCCAAGGCCCCGCCCACUAGCCUCCCCCAAGGUGUACCUAUACAUCCAGAUGCAGUUGUGCAGAAAGGAGAACCUGAAGGACUGGAUGGCUCAGCGCUGCCUCCCCGAACAGAGGGAGCAUGGGGAGUGCCUGGCCAUCUUCCUGCAGAUCGCUGAGGCUGUCGACUUCCUGCACAGCAAGGGCCUCAUGCACCGUGACCUGAAGCCGUCGAACAUCUUCUUUACACUGGAUGACGUGGUGAAGGUGGGGGACUUCGGGCUGGUGACGGCCAUGGACCAGGAGGAGGAUGAGGACGAGGCCAGUGCUCUGACGCCCAUGCCCGCCUACGCCCCUCAUACAGGCCAGGUGGGCACCAAGCUCUACAUGAGCCCUGAACAGCUGUCUGGGAACUCCUACUCGCACAAGGUGGACAUCUACUCGCUGGGCCUGAUCCUCUUUGAGCUGCUGUGCCCCUUCCGAACACAGAUGGAGAGAGUGCGGACCUUGACAGAGGUGCGAAGUCUGCAGUUUCCUCCGGUUUUUGCCCAGAACAACAUACAGGAAUUGAUGAUGGUGCGCAGUAUGCUGUCUCGCAGUCCAAGUGAGCGUCCAGAGGCGGCAGAGAUCACAGAGACAGCUCUCUUCCAGGAGCUGGAGGUGCCAUGCAGGCUGGCCGUGAGGCAGCGUUCCCGCACCUACAGCUCUUCCUCUGCGGGACGGCCCACCCGCCAGACCAGCUCCUGAGGGCUCUGCCCCCACCGCUUCAUCACCAGCGACCGCUUUUGACCCCACCCCCAAAUACUGCCGGCCAGUCCCACAGCGGCCUCCAUGACCCCACCCUCAAAUACUGCCAGCCAAUCUCACAACCAUCCUUACAGCCCUACUCCCAAAUAUUGCUGGUCAAUCCUACUGCAACCUCCCUGAUUCCACCCUCAAAUAAUGCCAGCCAGUCCUGCCUCCAAAUACUGCCAGCUGAUCACCCAGUUAUCCAGCCAUUCCCAUGACCCCACCUUCUAGACAUUGCUGGCCAAUCAUUCAUCUGUUCCGAUGAUCCCCACCCCCUAGACACGGUUGGCAAGCUGAUCCCACAUACUAUAACCCUGCCCCUGUCUGGAGACUUGCAGUGAACCUUGGGGAGGAGCUUUCUUAUGCAUUAUGGACAGGCUUUUAGCCCUCCUCCACCCACAUCCUAGCUCCUCCCACACUCAGCCAGACCCAAUCACUAUGUCCCCCAAGUGGCCAUGUAACUGUUGCCACCUGCUAGCAGACCAAGAUCUAUUCCACCCUCCACCCCCUGUCAGUGUUAGCUCAUUAACGUUGUGAUGUCACACCUGGCCUUCGAAAGAGAAGAGUCCGCCCUGGCCCCCAGAGGGGUGAGAACCGGCCUGAAACGUAGGGAGACCAAAAAUCAGAGCCAUCCAGAGAGAGACUGAGGGAGAGGCACUGCACGCACAGCCCAUGUCCAACCUGCCUUGCAUCGCAGACACCCUUUUCUGCCGCUCUAGUGACAAACUUGCUUUUUCUGCAUGUCUUUAGGGGGAGGGGCAAAAGCACGACUCAUGCCAGCUGACUUUGGGAUCGUUUUUUUAUAUGGCUUUGUUAUGCUUGUGGGUUCUUUCUACUUACCCAUUCAUUUCUUCCUCCCUGAUCGUGUAAAUAGCUUAAAGACUGGUUACCUUUUUGUAUCCUAAAUCGAAGGGCAAGCUUUAUCAAUCGUGUAUAUAGCAUUUCAUCUCCUGAUCUGAUACCACAGAGGUGCUGUUGAUGGUAUCAUGGUUUGCGUUAAUACGGGGCAUUUCGUGGAUAACCAUAGUGUUAUCUCUGUGAUGGUGCAAUGUUUCUGAAACUAAGGGAAGCUUGGCUGCAUGGAUUUCUGUCUAGGGGUUGAAAAAUGAAAAAAAGCAAUGCUACAGGCAGUGUACAAAGUUAAGUGUGCUCUACCUUAAAGCAGGCUUGGGUGAUCUCCGUGUUUGAAAGCGCUUCGUGCUUUUUUUUACGCUAACAAGGGAAUAUACAGUAGCUAAAUAUUUUGUAGCAAAAAAACACUGAUCAAAUUAUGUAGUGGUUAUAUUUUUGGGGUCUAUGUUCAUUUGACAGCAUGUCUGUGAGGGUCCUUUCCUUGAAGAAGUGUCCAAAUGUAAAUGAAAUAUGACUCUCUGAAAGCGGGUGAGACACAGCCGAAUCGAAUUUACCAAGCGUACUCCAAACCAAAAAAAGAGCUUUCUCCAUUUUCACUUCUUGCCAUUAGGUGUGAGUAAGUUUUCGUAUGGAUUUUUAGAGCGUUUCAUAGCAGAGGUCUGUGUGUGUGAGCGAGCUGGGACUCCCAGGUUCUCCAAGACCUUGGACAUGAGGCCGAACCCCCGUUCCCUGCCUUUGAUGAACCCAAAUGCUGGCCUCCACCCCUGAUGAUCCAUUCUGCCUGUGCUCUGGAAGCGGCUGCAGGUGCCCGUUUGUGUAACGUUCAGAUUCUGUGAUGGAAUGGGGUCUAUUUGGGCCAGGACUGUGGCCUGCCAAUCACAUCUGAGGCUGGACAGGUGACUCAGGGACCCCCUGGGGUUUACAUGCAACACAAGGAAAUGAACCAAUAAAUGCUCACGUUGAUGUUCUUAUUCUAAGCAGAAAUGCAGGGACAAGAGAGAGAGCAGGUCCUGGCAGAUUAUUGCUAACAUACAGAUCUCCCAAAUUCAUGGGAUGCACAACGUCUCCCUCCCUUCCCAGAAGAGGAGUGAAAGCAGGAGGGAGGGGGAGGAAGCACGCCUGACUUCCGAGGCUAAUUUUUGGAGUCCUCUCCACUGUGGACCACACAGGCGGCGUGCAUUCCUCUGCCAUGUUGAGUUGGAUGUGUGAUACAGUUUGCAUGUGGUCUGGGUUGUUGUGAAGGUGAUACAUUAUCUGAAGGGGUUUUCAAAACAAAGAAGAUGUCUAUCCAUCCGGGGAGCCAGGAAGCUGGUGCAAUACAGGGGAAGGGAGUUUUAUGAUAGCCGUUACUUCACAUAAGCCCACUAGAAAGGUGAAUCAAGAGGACCCUGAUUCUGACCAGUCUCUGAUAAACAAGCCUUUCAUUUCAAAUCAAAGGGGCUUUUUAUUGAGUUAAUUUUGGUUGCUGCAGCCUCGCUAAAGCCAUUUUGGACCUUUCUGUUAGAGUUCUGAUACUCCCACUUCUGUAUGACACAAUAAACUUACUGAAAAUGGAUUUCAUGUAGUUUACUUAUAAAGAAAAAAAAAGUUUUCUGGUUUUCUUCAUUGGUUUUAUUGUUCAUGCUCCACUUUGCUCCUUUGGCAGUCUUGGGUAACGCUCUGCAUCACAAAUCCGUCCCUCCCUGUAAUCAAGUUUGUGUCUAUAAGCACAAUC